AUGGCGAUCAAAAACUUCCUGUCACGCGCAAAGGGCAACAAGAGCAAUGACGACAGCAAUGCCACCAUGCCACCGGGGUUUGUUCCCGUCAGCGGAAAUACCAAUGCCAAGGGCCUUGGACCAACAGCCACAUCUCAGCCAACCGAAGGCGCGGCCAACGGCCUCUUCUCAACCAACGUUGAGCAGCAAACUCAUCUCGAUGGAGUGACCAGGACGACCUCAGGACCGCCUUUUGGAUACGAUGACGACCACGAGGGCGAUCUCGUCACUGCCAAUGAGGGCCGUGAUCUGAAGCGUGGGCUCGCUGAGCGCCAUUUGUCUAUGCUGGGUAUCGCAGGCGCAAUUGGAACUGGUCUCUUUCUUGGUCUGGGCGGCGCUGUGCAGCGAGGAGGACCGCUCGGCGCUCUACUAGGAUAUGCAACGAUCGGAAUCGUCGUCUGCGCUGUUCAAUUCGCCCUGGGAGAAGUCGCGGCACUGCUUCCCGUCACUGGCGCCUUUGUUCGACAUGCAGAGUUCCUAGUUGAUCCAGCUUGGGGAUUUGCCAUCGGUUGGAACUUGGUAUAUGGUAACAUCUUGUCGAUUCCCUCGGAAAUCACUGCCAUUUGCGUCCUAUUCGAGUUCUGGACCGACAUCAACCCGUCUGUUUGGAUCAUCACCUUCAUCAUCCUCACCUUCAUUAUUGGCAUCGCAUUCGUCCAAGUCUUUGGUGAGGUCGAAUUCUUCUUUGCCGUUCUCAAGAUUCUCCUGGUUGUAUUCCUCAUCAUUCUCGGCCUAGUUAUCGACCUCGGUGGCGUCAAGGGAACACCACCCAUCUACUUCAAGUACUGGAAGAAUCCAGGACCCUUUGUCGAAUACAUCGCCACCGGGAACUGGGGCAAGUUCCUCGGAUACUGGAGCGUCAUGACUGGCGCAGUAUUCUCCUUUGCAGGUGUUGAGUCGAUUGCCAUGGCCGGUGCAGAGACGAAGAACCCCCGUAAAGCUAUCCCCGCCGCAUGCAAAAACGUCUUUAUCCGCAUUGUCUUGUUCUACAUGCUGGCUAUUCUGAUUGUCGGUAUGCUCGUAUCCAGCGACGAUAGCAGACUCAACAAUGAGAGCGGUGACGCUACGCAGAGUCCCUUCGUGAUUGCGGCUUCUGCGGCAGGCAUUCCCGCUAUUCCGUCUGUCGUCAAUGCCAUCGUUAUUACUUCGGCUUGGUCUUCGUCAAAUCAGAGUCUUUUGGCUGGGACUCGUGUUCUGUAUGGUUUGGCUGUCAAGAAGCAAGCGCCUAAGAUUUUCUUGAGGACAACCUCCUGGGGUGUGCCGUACGUGUGCGUCUUUGUCUUCAUUUUUUUCAGCUUCCUCAGCUUCAUGAGUCUGUCGAAUGAUGCUAUUACAGUGUUUUGGUGGUUGGUGAAUUUGACGGCCGCGGGUGUCUUGGUUUCGUGGAUUUCCAUUCUUAUCAACCAUAUUCGGUUACGUUUGGCGAUGAAGAAGCAAGCCAUUCCAAUUACUAGGUUGCCGUGGUGGAACUCGUGGACUCUGUAUUCUUCCUACUUUGCACUUUUCAUGUGUUGCAUCAUUCUCCUAACAGGUGGCUUCGCCGUCUUCACCAAGGGCAACUGGAACGCCAGCAAUUUCGUCUCUGCAUAUCUGGACAUACCGCUUGUGUUGGCUGCGUAUAUCAUCUGGAAAUUUGUCAAGAAGACAAAGAUCGUCGCGCUGGCGGACAUUCCCUUACACCGAGCAUUUGAGCGAGCGGAUCAGAAGUAUGAAUCUUUGGAAUAA